CCGUGCUCUGUGAGAGCAGCGCCGAAGCAGGACUGCGCCAGCUUGCCGCGGCCGCGGCUCUACCUCUACCCUGAGUGCAUCGGCACGCCGCCGUGGCAGGCGGCCGACUCGGCGCGACUUAACUGGCUGUGGCUCGCGCUGCGCAAGUCUGAGUACCGUGUCACCGACGGUGCAUGCGCCGACUUCUUUUUCCUCUCGAACUACCGCUCGGCCACAAAGUCUUCGGAGCGCGUCGCCACCCUGCUCAACAAGGUGGCCGCCGCCUACCCGUACUGGAACGCGACGUCACGCAGGCACCUCAUCCUCAUGCCGUGCGACCACGGGCCGGGCGACUGCAUGUGGAAGCGGAAUCGCGCCGUCUUUACCGGUGUGCCCGACACUGCGAACGGCCUCCCGGGCGCGGCGAUGCCGUUCAGCUCCCCCUCGCGGAGGAGCCUCGGCUUCGUCACGUACAACGGCGACCCUGGCCGUUGGAAUGUCUUUGCGCCGGGCCUCGAUGUCCGGCUGCCUUCGCACGAGAUGCAUGAGUGCGGUCCUUUCUGUGGGCUGCACCGGCUGCCACCGAAGGCGCGCCUCGCGGCGCUGCGACGCCACUCGCCGUGGUACGACGGCCGAAUGCCCGCGCAGAGGUCAUCCCGUGAGGGAGCGUGCGCCUCGGCCGCCGCAAGCGGCGCGUGGCUCUCCGCGCCGCGCCGCAUAGAGCUCUUCUUCGCCGGGCGCAUCCCAAAGGGCGGCCCGCGCGGCGACGUCUUUCGCCAUCACCACGCACGCGAGCGAUUCGUGCUGAUCGAUUCGGCGCAUGAGCAGAGAACGUCCAGCCGGCGGGUUUCGGCCGCCAGCGACGCCCUGCUGCCAAACCGGAGCAGCCGAGCAGACUGGUUCCCAGCAGCGAUGGCCGACUCUGAGUUCUGCCUCUCGCCCCUCGGCACGAACGAGGGGGACUCGGACCGCUUCCUGCCGGCGCUGCUCUACGGCUGCAUACCUGUCUUCAGCCUGGCGGACGAGGCGCGGCCCGCGCGGCCUUUCGAAGAGGUGGUGCCGUGGGACUCCUGCUCGCUGCGCGUGCACGAAACGGACCUGCCCCGGCUGCACACCAUCCUCGCAAGCAUCUCGCGGGCGCAGCGGGCGAGUAUGCGCCGCGCGAUGUGCGGCGUUUGGCCCGCGAUGCUGUGGACCCGACUCGGUUUCGCAAGCUCCCGCCCCCGUGGCGAGGGCUACCUCGGCGAGAGUGGGCGCGCGGACGCGCUCGCCACGUUUAUGGCGGUGCUGCGCCGCAGGGUAGAGGCGGACGCGUCGACAUGAAGAAAAAGAUUGGGCGCACAAGCGACUCUUAUUGUCGGUCUCUUCUCUCUUGCUAGAGCCGUAGAGCUAGAGGGGG